AUGUUGUUAUUGUGUUCGUUACGAGAGGAUGAUUAUGAUACAUUUGUCCUUACAAUGAUUAAUGGUAGGACCACUAUUAGUUACAAGGAGGUGACCUCAACAUUGGUGAAUUAUAAGUUGAGGAAGAGUGAUGGCGAACCCUCCGAGAAGGCAUCAGGAGAUGCAUUGACAAUGAGAGAUCGUAGUCCUAAACCCCGUCCAUUUAAUCGCACAAAAUCGAAGCCAAUAGGUGGUCAUAGAAAUGUGGCUUGUUAUGUAGACUCUACAGAGUGGAUAUUGGAUUCAGGUGCUAAAUAUCAUAUUUGUCCUAGGAGGGAUUGGUUCUCUAGCUUUGAAGAGUUGGAGAGAGGGGAUGUUGUGUUAAUGGAAAAUGAUCACGUAUGUCCCAUUAGUGGUAUUGGAACAGUUCGAAUCAGGAUGUGUGACGGUGUAACUAGGGAGUUGAAGGAAGUGAAAUUCAUUCCUCAAUUGACGAAGAAUAUCAUUUCACUUGGAACUUUGGAGACAUCAGGUUAUAAGGUGAUCAUGGAGAAUGCAACUUUGAAGGUCACCAAGGAGUCCAUGGUGGUGAUGAGAGAUGUCCAGAAAAACAAUCUUUACUACUUGAAGGGCAAGACAAUAACAGAGGGUUUGGCAGCUUAUAUUACCACAGAGGAGGAUAGUACUCAUCUAUAG